CUGCAUCAUACUCAACAAUUCCAGCUCGUCAAAUGCAGGAUACGGUAAAUAUGGCGGCCGAAUCGGAAUUUGAUGAUGAAGAGGAGCCUUCGUUCAGCGACCAGGAGGAUUUUGUGGAUGACAUCGAUGAUGAAGAGUUGUUGGAGGAUGUUUUGAGGGAGAAACCUUUGGAGGCUGAUGGGAUUGAUUCGGUGGUCGUGGUGGACAACGUUCCCCAGGUGGGACCUGAACGUCUGGAGAAACUGAAAAAUGUGAUCCAUAAAAUCUUCUCCAAGUUUGGAAAAAUCACAAAUGAAUUUUACCCUGAAGCAGCUGGGACGACAAAAGGGUAUAUCUUUCUGGAGUAUGCGUCCCCUAACCAGGCUCUGGAAGCUGUUAAGAAUGCAGAUGGCUACAAGCUGGACAAACAGCACACAUUCAGAGUCAAUCUGUUCACCGAUUUUGAUAAGUACAUGAAUAUCAGUGACCAGUGGGAAACCCCUGAAAAACAGCCAUUUAAAGACUUUGGCAACAUGAGGCACUGGCUCGAGGAUCCAGACUGUCGUGAUCAAUACAGUGUGAUCUAUGAAUCAGGAGAGCGAACUGCCAUAUUUUCCAAUGACCCGAAGGAGCCGAUCCUGGUUGAAGAAAGAGCUCGCUGGACAGAGACUUAUGUCCGCUGGUCACCCAAAGGGACGUAUCUGGCCACCUUUCACCAACGAGGAAUUGCAUUGUGGGGUGGAGAGAAGUUCAAGCAGAUACAGAGAUUCAGCCACCAGGGUGUCUCUCUCAUUGACUUCUCCCCAUGCGAGAGGUAUGUGGUGACUUUCAGCCCACUGAUGGACACUAAAGAGGACCCUCAGGCUAUCAUCAUCUGGGACAUCCUGACUGGACAGAAAAAACGUGGCUUCCAUUGUGAGAGUUCGGCACACUGGCCUAUUUUUAAAUGGAGUCAAGAUGGAAAGUUCUUUGCCAGAAUGACACAAGACACUUUGAGCAUCUAUGAAACCCCAUCAAUGGGUCUGCUAGAUAAGAAGAGUUUGAAAAUAAAUGGAAUAAAAGAUUUUUCUUGGUCCCCGGGAGACAACAUCAUUGCCUUUUGGGUCCCGGAAGACAAGGACAUUCCAGCCAGGGUAACUCUCAUGCAGUUCCCAUCCCGUUUAGAGAUUCGGGUGCGGAAUCUUUUCAAUGUGGUGGACUGCAAGCUUCACUGGCAACGGCAGGGUGACUACUUGUGUGUGAAGGUGGACCGAACACCCAGAGGAACACAGGGUGUCGUCACAAACUUUGAGAUUUUCCGCAUGAGAGAGAAACAGGUUCCUGUUGAUGUGGUAGAGAUGAAAGAGAGCAUCAUUGCAUUUGCCUGGGAGCCCAACGGCAGUAAGUUUGCAGUACUACAUGGAGAAUCACCAAGAAUAAAUGCCUCAUUUUACCACGUCAAAAGCAACGGCAAGAUUGAUCUAAUCAAGAUGUUUGAUAAGCAGCAGGCCAACAGUAUCUUUUGGAGUCCUCAAGGUCAGUUCAUGGUACUGGCAGGACUGCGGAGUAUGAAUGGAGCUCUUGCAUUUGUGGACUCGUCGGAUUGUACCAUUAUGUAUAUUGCGGAGCAUUACAUGGCCUCUGAUGUGGAAUGGGACCCUACAGGCAGAUAUGUGGUGACUUCUGUUUCCUGGUGGAGCCACAAGGUGGACAAUGCAUACUGGCUUUGGACGUUCCAGGGACGUCUUCUGCAAAAGAACAACAAAGACCGAUUCUGCCAGUUGCUAUGGAGACCGCGCCCUCCUACAUUACUCAGUCAAGAGCAAAUAAAGGCAAUUAAGAAGGACCUCAAGAAGUACUCAAAAAUCUUUGAGCAAAAGGACAGACUGAGCCAGUCUAAGGCUUCUAAGGAGUUGGUGGAUAAACGUCGGUUGAUGCUGGAAGAAUACAGGCAGUACAAAGACAGUGCCAUUCAGCUUUACAACCAACAGAGGGAGCUGCGCCUUCAGCUCAGAGGAGGUGUGGACACUGAUGAACUGGACAGUAAUGUGGAGGACUGGGAAGAGGAAACCAUCGAGUUCUUUAUCAGUGAAGAGAUCAUUAAUCUUGGAGACCUGGAGUAGAUGUACAUGGAAAGCACUGUUGUUUCCAGCUAUGAGACAAAAUACUCACCCCCAGAGAGUGCCACAGGUCCUUUACAAGUGCUUUGUAUGAGAGACACACUAAGUAUGCUUACAUGCACAGUUCCAAGCAAAAAGUUCACAGAAGUGCAUAAUCAAAUAUUUAAAGGAUGAAAUACUUUGCACAACUGGGCUGAUAUGAUUUCAGUCAGACUAAAUCAUUUACAGGACAUUUUAAACAGAGAAAUUAUUGUUUUAGUCUGACUAAAAUCAAAAUGCAUGUAAACACACUUACUAAUUCUUUUUCAAUAUAUUCCUGCUGAUAAGGGAUGUUGUUUGAUUCUAAUAUGAAUUUUAAGAAAUAACUCAUAUUCUUCAUAACCCCCCUUCAUACAAUUUUCUUGUAGGAAUCACUGAAAGGAGUAAAAGGCAGUGGUUUAUCAUUUGCUGUUCUUACUGACAGAGCAAGAUACUUCUCAGCAACCAAUGGUACAGUUUUGUGGGUAAUAAUUUCUCAAAAGAAAACUUGUCUGAUUCAAGAGAGGAAUUUCUUUUGUAUUGUGGUCUGGUCUUUUGUAUAAGAACAUUUUCUUUAAUAAGGAAAUCUUUCAUAAUGUAUUUUUUUCCACCAACACCAUUCCAAUGGAAAUACAUAUAGUCUUCAUGGAUGCUUCAGUAGUGAUUCGUGUGCUGCAGUAUCAGGAUGAAUAAUAUCAAUCCAAGCUGUCCUUAAUUAAAAAUCAUUUUUAAAUUAUGAGGGAAUUUUAACAGUAAAAACAUUUCAACAUUUGUUAGCCAAGUUUAAUUUAUGACAUUAGCAAGAACGAGUCUUUCACAAGUACCAUCAAAUUUUUUAUAUGAACAUUUUCAUUGUAUUUUAUUUAAUUUACUUAAUGUUUUAUUUUACUUCAAUUUCCCACAAACUCCAUACUAACCUACAAGAAUGUGUAUGUUUAAUCCUAUAAUAAAUGUAAAU